CGCAUUUGAGACGGUUCUGAGAAUAGGCGUUGAUAAUGGCGUGCGAUUAGACCCGAUCAAGAUGACGGCCAAACGGCCGAGAACAACCCGAAUAUUUGGUCCUACGACCAGAGCGCAAUAUGCCCCGAGGAAGCAGCGACCGGGAGGCCAAGGCCCACGACGACUGCGACGACGAGACCAAGAGCUGCGCGAGCUACGACGACCGCACGAGUGACGAGGACGACGAUGACCGCCCGGACGCGGGGCCGCCCACAGGCCGCCGCCUCACAGCCCGCCGCCACACGGUGAUGGCGGCGCCGCUCGAGCUUGAGCGCGGCUGGAUGCCGCCGCGGUACCCCAAGAGCGCGAGCGAGAAGAGCGACAUUCGCAAGGCGCUCGCGCACAACUGCCUCUUUGCGCACCUCGACGACUGCGCCCGCGACAUCAUCAUCGACGCGAUGCAGCAGCGCUUGCACGACAAGGGCGACGUGAUCAUCCGGCAAGGCGACGACGGUGAUACGUUCUACCUCCUCGCCAAAGGCGGCGUGGACUUUAUCAUUGACCGCGAGAUCAUCGGGUCGUGCGAGGCCGACACGCGGAACAACCACUUUGGCGAGCUCGCGCUGCUCUACGACGCGCCGCGGUCGGCGACGGUCCAAGCUGCGACCGACGUGGCGACGUGGGCGCUGGACCGCGAGACGUUCAAGAAGGUGCUCAUGGACACGACGCUCAAGCAGUGCAAGCUGUACGCGGCCUUCUUGGCCGAGGUGCCGAUCCUCGCCGUGCUCUCGCCGUACGAGAAGCGGACGCUCGCGGAUGCGCUCAAGCCCGUCUUUUGCGAGCAAGGCCAAGUCAUCCUCGAGGAGGGCACGCGCAGCGACGAUUUUUAUAUUAUUUCCGACGGUGAAGUCAAGUGCACGAAGAACGGCGUCGAGGUGUCACGCCCGCUCGGCAGCGGCGACUUCUUUGGUGAAAUUGCUCUCAUUUCCAACGAAGUGCGCCAAGCAACGGUCACGGCCGUGCGCGAUACGACCGUGCUCGUGAUCGAUCGAGAGACGUUCAAGCGGCUGUUAGGACCGAUGGAGCUCCACCUACGCAACCACGCGAGCUUGUACGACCAGUACAUUGGUCAUCGGAAAUAACGUUGAUUCAACAACUACCGUACUACAACGCUGCCCAGUCGCCAGGCAAUGACGUGGGGAUGGCAAUGAUCCAUGUUGAAGUUGAAGCAAGCCACUUUGAGGAUUGGGUGCG